AUGCCGCUCAGAUUGAGAUUGUUCGAUGACGUCAUUUCCGGAUUCGAUGACGUCUGCGGGGUUUCCCCUGCUGAACUCGAGACCGUGUUGACGCCUAGAGGAAAGGGGGACAAAUUCUGCAUGCAAGAUGAUCAUGGAUUGGACACGCCUUUGUCGAUUGAAAUUCCCGCAAAACCGUUGAUGCGACGACGCGCUGCGUUUGACUUCAGACGCAGCAUCUUUUCCGGAAAGCGCUCUGCGGACCACAAAGACCUUACGUCCAUCUCACCGGAAGUGACGGCUGAUGUUAUUCGUGGAAGCUUCAGUGAUGUCAUUGGUGACGUGACCAUUGUGGAUUGCCGUUACCCGUACGAGUUCGAGGGCGGGCACAUCAGAGGGGCUUUAAACAUGUACACAAAAGAUGAGGUCAACAGCUUGCUUCAGAAACCAGUAGCUGACGACAAGCGUCACGUACCGGUUCCUUCGCGAGCAAGACCGAAUGUUAAACAGCGACAGGUACCGCGUCUCAACUUCCCGGAAGUGUACCUACUCCAUGGCGGAUACAAGGACUUCUUCAAAAUGUAUCAGGACCUGUGUGAUCCAAUCAGCUACACACCCAUGUUGCAUGAGAACCACGCAGCCGACCUACGUCACUUCCGUGUGAAGUCUAAAUCCUGGACGGGGGAGGACGGUAAUCAGAAGACAAGUAGACGACACCGCAGUCGUCUAGGCCGCCAUCUUAGUUUUUGA